AUGGCCAACCAUGCAGGACCGCAGAAUAUCGGUAAUCCUUUAUAUACACUCUACGUCUCUCCCAUCAACGUCUCACCGGUUCUUCUCCCAAUACUAAACAAACACAAAUACCUACCUAAAGUAGUCUACUUCUGGACCGACGAUGACAAAGAAGAUUUUGAACUAAAACCAGUCAAUAAAACCCGUAAACCUAUCACCGUCCACAAGAGAUCCCACUAUCAAGAACCCCCCUGCAUUCCAGGAGAGUACAGGGAGGUUUCUUUACUGCAAAAGCACCCCAGUCACCCGCUUGCGGUCGUAUUCCAGGCCAUGAAAGCUGCUAAUCCUGACUGGACAUGUGGUCAUGUCGACAUCAUCGCCCAAAGCGAUCUUUUAAACCGCAUCUACUCGUGGAUCAGUGGUGCUCAGACCUCGAGCUUCGUAAUCGACGCGUCCGUGGUCAGUGAUACGCUUUGUAUCACACUCUCCAAGGACGAGAAACCCUCUAGCGGCAGUCGAGAGGAUGAAUCACCAUCGCCGUCGCCAACCACCAUCGGACAACAUCAAAUUCUGGAAUACUCAUUUGGAGGUCUCAACUUACUCGUCACCUCCCCUGGCCACCUUGUCCGCUUUGCCCGGUCAAACAAAGUGUGCUUUGCACGAAUACUCCAAACCGGCGUUGGGUCCCGUCCUGACUGGCCUAAUGUAAUCCCUCUGUUAUGGUUCGACGGAAUCUGCACAUGCGUAUCUGGCUCUGUUUCCGAUGGAGUUUUCAAACAAGGUGACCAGUGGUACGUUACCAGGAAGCUACGAUAUUGGCAGAGUCACGAACAAACGCGAGAGCAUAUGCAGACCAUGGCUUGGCUCCUCAAUCACGUACGAAUGAUCACCUCGUGGGAGAUGUUUUCCGGAUCAAGUUCGAUUCACUUCAAGGUCAACGACGGUUCUAAACGGUUAGAGUUCUAUGCUGCGUCGCAGGCACAAAAGUUGCCUACUUUGUUUGGGGAGUUUUGGGAUUAUUCCUAG